AUGGAGGCUGGCGGCGACCCGCCCAUGUCGUCCUUCAUCAUGGACGAGGAGACGCUGAAGAGGAAGCAGAGGGAGAAGCUGAAGAAGCUGCAGGCCACCGGGGGCAACCCCCGCCCCGCUCGCUCCCUCUUCUUCCUCACGCUGAAGAACCCCUUCAGGAAAGCCUGCAUCAGCAUCGUGGAGUGGAAACCCUUUGAGAUCAUCAUCUUGCUGACUAUCUUCGCUAACUGUGUUGCGCUUGCUGUGUUCCUGCCCAUGCCAGAAGAGGACACAAACAACACGAACACCAACCUGGAAAGUCUGGAGUACAUAUUUCUGAUCAUUUUUACCAUGGAGUGCUUUCUGAAAAUAGUGGCAUAUGGGCUCCUGUUCCAUGCAGACGCCUAUCUGAGGAACUGCUGGAACAUCCUGGACUUUGUCAUCGUGUUCAUGGGACUCUUCACCAUAGCACUGGACACUAUCAACCACAUCAGUGGGGUGGAGGCUCCGGUUGGGGAAAAGGGGGGCGGGUUCGACAUGAAGGCCCUGAGGGCUUUCAGGGUCCUCCGGCCCCUGCGUCUCGUCUCGGGGGUCCCCAGCCUGCAGGUGGUGAUGAACUCCAUCCUAAAAGCAAUGCUGCCACUGUUUCACAUCGCCCUGCUAGUUUUCUUCAUGGUUACCAUCUACGCCAUAGUAGGGCUGGAGCUCUUCAAAUGCAAGAUGCACAAGACCUGCUACUACACCGGCACAGACAUCACCGCCACUGUGGAGAACGAGAAGGCCUCUCCCUGUGCCCAAGCCGGCAAUGGGCGCCGGUGCACCAUCAACGGUACCGAAUGCAAGGCAGGCUGGCCGGGCCCAAACUACGGCAUCACCCACUUCGACAACCUGGGAUUCGCCAUGCUCACUGUCUACCAGUGCAUCACCAUGGAGGGCUGGACCGACGUGCUCUACUGGGUGAAUGACGCCAUUGGGAAUGAAUGGCCCUGGAUGUACUUUGUGACCCUCAUCCUGCUGGGGUCCUUCUUCGUGCUCAACCUGGUGCUCGGCGUGCUCAGCGGAGAGUUCACCAAAGAACGAGAGAAGGCAAAGUCACGUGGAGAGUUUCAGAAACUGCGUGAACGGCAGCAGCUGGACGAAGAUCUCAAAGGCUACAUGGAGUGGAUCACUCAAGCAGAAGUCAUUGACAAUGACCAGGAUGGCCAAGGUCUCCUACCUCUUGAGGAGGGAGGCUCCGACACAGAGAGCCUGUACAAGAUGGAGGGCAUGGGUCGUGUCCUUUACUACUUUCGUCGUUGGCGUCGAUGGAACCGUUUUUUCCGCCGGAAGUGCCGCACAUGGGUGAAGUCCAAGUUCUUCUACUGGCUGGUGAUCCUGCUGGUUUUCCUCAAUACUCUGGCCAUCGCCACAGAGCACCACCACCAGCCUCAGUCUCUCACUAAUCUACAAGACAACACCAACAAGGUGCUGCUGUCAAUGUUUGCGGCCGAGAUGUUCUUGAAGAUGUAUGCCCUGGGCUUGCCCUCGUACUUCAUGUCCCUGUUCAAUCGCUUUGACUGCUUUGUGGUGAGCGUGGGUAUCCUGGAGCUCAUCCUUGUGCACAUGAACGUCAUGUCGACCAUGGGCAUCUCCAUUCUGAGGUGUAUCCGCCUCCUGCGUCUUUUCAAAGUCACAAAAUACUGGACAUCCCUCAGCAACCUGGUGGCCUCCCUGCUUAACUCAGUGCGCUCCAUUGCCUCCCUGCUGCUCCUCCUCUUCCUCUUCAUCGUCAUCUUCUCUCUCCUGGGCAUGCAGGUGUUUGGGGGCAAAUACAACUUCGCCGACCAGGAGGUGCGGCGCAGCACCUUCGACAACUUCCCGCAGGCCCUCAUCAGCGUCUUUCAGAUACUGACAGGAGAAGACUGGAACUCUGUGAUGUACAAUGGCAUCAUGGCCUAUGGGGGCCCAGUCAUGCCAGGGAUCCUGGUCAGCAUCUACUUCAUCAUCCUCUUCGUCUGUGGCAACUACAUCCUCUUGAAUGUCUUCUUGGCCAUCGCUGUUGAUAACCUGGCUGAGGCGGAGAGCCUGACCUCAGCGCAGAAGGAGAAGGCUGAGGAGAAGAAGAGGAAGAAGCUGCUCAGAGCAAGCCACCCCGACAAGGCUGAUGAGGACAAGGCCAUGUUGACUAAGAAAUUGGCAGACCAAAGGGCCAAGACCGAGGGGAUUCCCACCACAGCCAAGCUGAAAGUAGAUGAGUUUGAGUCAAAUGUCAAUGAAAUCAAAGAUCCAUUCCCCCCAGCUGAUUUUCCAGGUGAUGAUGAGGAGGAGGACCCCGACAUCCCACAGAGCCCCAGGCCCCGUCCAAUGGCAGACUUGCAGCUAAAGGAGAAGGCCGUUCCCAUGCCGGAGGCCAGUUCCUUCUUCAUCUUUGGACCCCAGAACAAGUUUCGGAAGCUAUGUCAUCGGAUCAUCAAUGCCACCACCUUCACCAACAUCAUCCUCCUCUUCAUCCUGCUCAGUAGCAUCUCCCUGGCAGCUGAAGAUCCCAUCGACCCUGAGUCCUUCAGAAAUAAGGUCUUGGCUUACGCUGACAUUGUCUUCACAUCGGUGUUCACGGCUGAAAUUGUACUCAAGAUGACCACAUAUGGAGCAAUUUUGCACAAGGGCUCCUUCUGUCGAAAUUCCUUUAACAUACUGGAUCUGCUAGUCGUGGGUGUUUCCCUCCUCUCCAUGGGAAUGGAGUCUAGUGCUAUCUCUGUGGUGAAGAUCCUGAGGGUACUUAGGGUCCUGAGGCCACUGAGGGCCAUCAAUAGGGCCAAGGGGCUGAAGCAUGUGGUCCAGUGUGUGUUUGUGGCCAUCAAGACCAUUGGCAAUAUUGUCCUGGUGACCAUGCUGUUGGACUUCAUGUUUGCCUGCAUAGGUGUGCAGCUUUUCAAGGGCAAAUUCUAUAUGUGCACGGAUCCCUCCAAAAUGACUGAGAAUGACUGCAAGGGAAAUUACAUCAGAUACCAGGAGAACCAUCUGCAUGAAAUGGAGGUCCACAAACGGGAGUGGAUCAAUAGUGACCUAAACUUUGACAACGUGCUGAACGGCAUGCUUGCACUCUUCACAGUGUCCACGUUCGAGGGUUGGCCACAGUUACUUUACAAAGCCAUCGACUCACACACUGAGGACAUGGGCCCCGUCUACAACAACCGCAUCGAGAUCUCCAUCUUCUUCAUCGUUUACAUCAUCCUCAUUGCCUUCUUCAUGAUGAACAUCUUUGUGGGCUUCGUCAUCGUCACCUUCCAGGAACAGGGUGAACAGGAGUACAAGAAUUGUGAGCUGGACAAGAACCAGCGUCAGUGUGUUCAGUACGCACUCAAAGCUAGACCUCUGCGAUGCUACAUUCCCAAGAACCCAUACCAGUACAAGGUGUGGUAUAUCGUGACAUCCUGCUACUUUGAGUACAUCAUGUUCCUGCUCAUUAUGCUCAACACGCUCUGCCUGGGCAUGCAGCACUGCAACCAGUCUGACCACAUCACUCACCUAUCAGACACCCUGAAUGUCAUCUUCACAGUUCUGUUCACCGUGGAGAUGAUCCUCAAGCUCAUGGCCUUCAAAGUAAAGGGAUACUUUGGGGACCCCUGGAAUGUGUUUGAUUUCCUCAUCGUCAUUGGGAGUGUCGUGGACGUCAUCUUGAGUGAGAUUGAUGCUGCCCUCGCUGCUAGUGGAGGACUGUACUGUCUACACGGCUGUUCGGAGGUAAACCCAAUGCAAGCCAUAGCAGACUCAGAGAAUGCCCGGGUCUCUAUUACGUUCUUCCGACUCUUCCGGGUUAUGCGUCUGGUCAAACUGUUGAACCGAUCAGAGGGCAUCCGGAACCUUCUGUGGACAUUCAUCAAGUCUUUCCAGGCGCUGCCCUACGUCGCCCUUCUCAUCGUCAUGCUGUUCUUCAUCUACGCUGUUAUUGGGAUGCAGGUGUUUGGUAAAAUAGCUCUAGUGGACGGUACGCAGAUCAACCGGAACAACAACUUCCAGACAUUCCCACAAGCUGUCCUGCUGCUUUUCAGGUGUGCCACAGGGGAGGCCUGGCAGGAGAUCAUGCUGGCCUGUAUGUACGGGAAGCGGUGUGACCCAAAAUCAGAUUACCUCCCAGGAGAGGAGUACACUUGUGGGUCAAGCUUCGCCAUUCUCUACUUCAUGAGCUUCUACAUGCUCUGUGCAUUUCUGAUCAUCAACUUGUUUGUGGCAGUUAUCAUGGAUAACUUUGACUACCUGACUCGCGAUUGGUCAAUCCUGGGCCCCCAUCAUCUCGAUGAGUUCAAGAAAAUAUGGGCAGAGUACGACCCUGAUGCUACGGGGCGAAUCAAACACCUGGACGUAGUGACUCUUUUGAGGAGAAUACAACCACCAUUGGGUUUUGGGAAGUUCUGUCCUCACCGUGUGGCAUGCAAGCGCUUGGUGUCUAUGAACAUGCCACUAAACAGUGAUGGUACAGUGACCUUCAAUGCGACCCUGUUUGCUCUUGUCCGAACAGCCCUCAAGAUCAAAACUGAAGGUAACUUUGAGCAGGCUAAUGAGGAGCUACGAGCUAUCAUAAAGAAGAUCUGGAAACGCACCAGCAUGAAGCUACUUGACCAGGUCAUUCCCCCCAUUGGAGAUGAUGAGGUGACCGUGGGCAAGUUCUACGCCACCUUCCUCAUCCAGGACCAGUUCCGCAAGUUCAUGAAGCGGCAGGAGGAGUACUACGGGUAUCGCCCCACCAAAAAGAACGCCACGGAGAUACAGGCGGGUCUUCGCAGCAUUGAGGAGGAGGCGGCUCCAGAGCUCCAUCGGGCAAUCUCUGGAGACCUGAUGGCUGAAGAGGAGAUGGACCAGGCCAUGGAGGAGGGUGCUGAGGACGGCAUCUUCAGGCGUUCCGGUGGACUGUUUGGGAACCAUGUUGAUUCCUUCGGCAUCGACCGGAAUAUCCCUCUGUCGACCCAUGUGACCAGCCAGCGUCCCCUGCAGCUCUCGGAUAUCCGGCACGGAGAUGCAGAGUUUUCUCCCGAUUCGGUCUUCCAUCCAAAUAUAGAGUUUUUCCCCAAUACUCCCACCAAAGCCAAUGCCAACAACAAUGCCAGGACAUGGUUUUCCCAGGAACAUGAGAGGAAUUCACAGUUUCAAACCACUGUGGAAAACUAUCAUUCCCAUGGAGACAUGCAGCUGUGCAGUUUAGAAAAGCCCAUGAUUUCCCCCAGAGCUGGCGCCCCCCAGAAGGAUAAGGCAGAUAUGCAUCUGUCGGAAAUCACAGUGAGGACAGACAGUACUCAGUUCCCAUACCACCCCAAAUAUGCUGUACAUAAAAACAAAAUACAAAAAGCAUUGUAAUUAGAUGGAAUCUGGCCCUGUCCCCUCUCUCAGGUCCUGAUACAAGGUGGUAUGGAUGCCUUCACCUGGGACCCCAAGUUUGUGACGGUGACAAAGCAGGACACAGCAGAGGCCCUGUGUAUGGACCUGGAUGACAUGGAGGGUUUGGCCACGGAUGUUCUUAAUGGUCGCAGAGGCCUUGCAGCCAAACGGCCGCACAGACCAAUACCCACUCCUCCCUCCAGUGGUCAAGCUAAAACACAGGACUUACACAUGGCCAGCAGCAGCUUGUAG